UCUUCCAAAGAGACGUUAGAACUUUUGCCUUUUAAUAAGCAAAUAUAUGUAUUUAUGGUUUUAUUUAAUGCAUUUGAACUACACACUCGCUCUUAGCUUUCUUUCUUCUCUCUCACCUACAAUCUUCACUCUCUCCCAUAAAUCUCUGCAUAAUUCUUAUUACUUGGUUUUGAUUAUUGGGUUUUUCUCUAUCCAUUUCUCAGCGUAAACCCUAACCCCCCAAAUAUUGGUUGCAAUUUAUUGGAGAGGGACAGUGAAACAAAUAGAGGAGGACAGGAGGAUCCCCAGGGUUUACCUGGUUUCCCUCUCAUUGUUUAGAUUUGCAGAUGGACAAACCUCCUCUUUCAUCUCAUUCUUUUUGCUCAUAGAACUAGAAUCAUCCUUUUCUCUAGAAAAUGGGGGUUGAGAAAGAAGGCUCAAAGAAUGGAAGUUAUGUAGGUGGAUUUUUCCAGCUGUUUGACUGGACCGCAAAAUCUCGGAAGAAGUUGUUCUCAAGCAAAUCAGAUUUACCAGUACCUUCAAAACAAGGAAAGAGGAGCAAUGGGAACUUGCCAAUGACUAGGCUUCAUCUGAUGGAUGAGGAUGAAACUGGAGCAGGAUCAAGUAUUAGAGGGAGUAGUGAUUACAGUUGUGCUUCAUCAGUAACAGAUGAUGAUGGAUGUGGAGCUAAAGCCCCUGGAGUAGUAGCCAGGCUUAUGGGAUUAGAUUCGUUGCCCACGUCCAGUUCUGACCCCAAUGCUACCCCAUUUUUGGAUACUCAAUCUCUCAUGGAGGCUUCUCAGCGGAGGAAACAUUCUGAAUAUUAUCAUGACCCUCAAAUCAUGUACUCUGGAAAUCUGGUUAAAAAGGAAGAUGGCUGUCCUCUGAACUUUCUGGACUCAAAACCUCAGGUGUUAAGUAGACGUAUUGAAAAGUUCCAAACUGAAAUUUUGCCUCCAAAAUCAGCUAAAUCAAUUCCAAUUACACAUCAUAAACUUUUAUCCCCUAUUAAGGGUCCUGGCUUUGUUCCAAGUAAAACUGCUGCUCACAUAAUGGAAGCAGCUGCAAGAAUUAUUGAACCUAGUCCACAAGCUACUAAGUCCAAAGUUUCAAUUGGAUCUUCUUCAGUCCCCUUAAAAGUACGGGAUCUUAAAGAAAAGCUGGAGGUUGCACAGAAAACGCCACUGGUUGGGUCCUCAGCAGCAUCCCUGAAAGCUCGAAAUUUGAAAGAAAAAGUGGAAGCUCCUAAUAAAACAUCCAGGCUUGCUGAACCAUCUACUAGAAGACCGGUUGAGUCAAAUGCUGCCAAGUAUCUUAAGGGGCAGUCUUUGAACAAAAGCUGGAAUAGUUCAGUGGAAACAAAAUCUAUUAGGGCUUUUCCUGAGACAGAAGAAGGUUCUGGUUUAAAAAAUAAGGGAAAGUCCGUUUCACUGGCAAUUCAAGCGAAGGUCAAUGUUCAGAAAAGAGAAAGUACGAAUUCAGGUGGCAAUCGAGGCUUGGUAGGCCAUGGAGACCAUUGUGAAGUUAUGUCCAGCCAGACCUUCACUAGUCAACCUAAUAGUCACAGGAGGUUUCCCAAAAACUCUACUGGGCAUGUUGCUUCUGGAGUGCUCAGGCAGAACAAUCAGAAACAAAAUGGCCACAUAGAUAAAGACAAGCCUUCAAAGCCUGCAGUAGGUUCCCACUUGCAGGGCAGAAAGGCUUUGACUGGGAAUUCUUCUUCUGUGCCAUAUAAUACUUCAGCUAAAACUGUUCGCUCCAAAAUAGGAACCAGGAAAUUGGGCUCAGAUGUGACGGAUAGUGAAAUGGGGCUUUCGAAUUAUAGUACAAAGCAUAUUCCCAGGAAGAAGCGAUCAAUUGAUAGGAACUUGCAUCUUGAGAAAAAUCAUGCAGUUGAUAAUAAGUUAAUUGACAAGAAUCAGAAAGAAAUUGAAUCAAAUAGAACCAUUGAUAGGCACUUUAAUUGUGCAGAAGAUAGCAAGAGCAAAGGCAUGGAUGUCGUUUCAUUUACAUUUACAGCUCCCUUGAGAUAUAUGCCUGAUUAUGAAACAUCUGGUCAACUGAAGGAAAGCGGCAGUUUUUGCAUGGAUAAAAGGAGCAAGAGAUUAUUGCUUGAUACAGAUAGUAUUAAAUCAUCUUCAGUGGGGCAUAAUGUGAUAGGAGGAGAUGCUUUGAGCGCUCUUCUGGAACAGAAAUUAAGAGAAUUAACUAACAGCAUGGAGUCUUCUAGGCACAAUUCUGGCAAAAUAGGAUCCACUUUUUCUCCAUCGUUUCUGCAAGAUCUGUCACCCACAAUUAAUUCAGGCAGCACUACUCCAAGGUUGCACAAUAACACGGAUCAAAAUAUGUUGCUGGUAGGUAAAUUGAGUAGCAGUGGUGAUUCUAAUGUAUUCUCAACUGAUCCCAUGGCACUCAGAUCGAAACAGAUGUUUCAGGGCGUUGAUGAGCUGGAAGAGUGCAGCAGCAAAUCAGAUGAUUCCAGAAAUCUUCUUGAUCGUACACGUCCUAGUCCAGUCUCUGUUCUUGAGACUUUCUUUUCAACUGAAAGUAGCAGCUCCUUGGACAGCACAGAGUGUAGCAGUGCCGAAGGAAGCAAGCAAUGUUCGUCUAUUCAAGCUCAGGAAAUUCUUGGUUCAAGUUUUUCAAAUAAGUUUCAUUAUGUUGAUGCUGAUACAGAUUUAUCAGACUCUGCUUCUUCAAAAUCUGCUGGUACUACAGCCUGGAAGCAUGCAAAUACCUUACCAGUGAUGAAUCUAGUGAAAUCAACCAAGUGGGAAAUAGAAUAUGUGCAGAAGAUACUCUUUAAUCUGGAAUUUACGUUUCAGGAAUUUGCACUGGGUUGGGCUCGUGAGAUCACAAGCCCACUUCUCUUCAACCAGUUGGAAAGUCAAAAGGGUGGACUGGUCAGUGAUGGUGUUGAGGCUAGGCUAGAACGAAAGGUAUUUUUUGACUGUGUGAAUGAAUGUUUGGACAAAAGAUGUAGGCGCUAUGUUGGUGGCGGAUAUAAAGCAUGGACCAAAGGAGUGACAAUGGUGAGACGAAAAGAUCGGCUAGCAGAAGAAGUGCUAAAGGAGAUCUCAGCAUGGAAAGACAUGGGGGAUUGCAUGGUGGAUGAGCUUGUAGAUAAGGACAUGAGCAGUCAACACGGAAGAUGGCUGGACUUUGAAGUUGAUGCGUCUAUACUUGGAAUGGAUAUUGAGGGCCAAAUAUAUAGUAGCCUGCUUGAUGAGGUGGUUGCUGAUGUCUUUCAAUCCUGAUGCCUAUAGCUGAAGAAGUAUGCUUGGCAAUUUUAUGAUUGAAGUUGGAUCAAUUGCAGAUGCGGGGUGGAUAAAGUGGCUGGACUUCAAAGGGGAGAAGGAGCUGGAGGAUAAGCUGUAAACGUGACAUUUCCUUUCCACCUCCAGUUUAUAUAGAAUCCUCUCAUCUGUUACUUGGGUUCUUGUAUCUGCAAGAUUUUUCAUUUCUUUGCUCAAAUUAUUGCUUCAUUCGUUGCCUUGUGGGUCAGUGAAUUGUUCAUACUCUGUAAAAUCACUAUAAUGAAAGGCUGGAGAGGCCACUUUCGAAUGAUUGUACUCUGGAAACUUCUUUCUGAA